CGGCGUUGGGUCCUCGACGACGUGGGGGGGCUCGUCCAAGGAGCUCGAGGCUUGGCGUCUGCAGUUGAGCGGCGGCGUCUGCAAGAGCGGUUGGUGUUUGUGUACCGGCGGCGGAGGCGGCGGCGGUUGAGCUCAUCAUGCGCGAGUGCAUCUCCAUCCACGUGGGGCAGGCGGGCGUCCAGAUCGGCAACGCCUGCUGGGAGCUGUACUGCCUGGAGCAUGGCAUUCAGCCCGACGGCCAGAUGCCCAGCGACAAGACCAUCGGCGGCGGGGAUGACUCCUUCAACACGUUCUUCAGCGAGACCGGGGCCGGCAAGCACGUGCCCAGGGCCGUGUUCGUGGACCUGGAGCCCACCGUGGUCGACGAGGUGCGCACGGGGACCUACAGGCAGCUCUUCCACCCGGAGCAGCUGAUCACCGGGAAGGAAGACGCGGCCAACAACUAUGCCCGUGGCCACUACACCAUCGGCAAGGAGAUCGUCGACCUGGUCCUGGACCGCAUCCGCAAACUGGCGGACCUGUGCACGGGGCUGCAGGGCUUCCUCAUCUUCCACAGCUUCGGGGGCGGCACCGGCUCGGGCUUCGCGUCGCUGCUCAUGGAGCGGCUCUCGGUGGACUACGGCAAGAAGUCCAAGCUGGAGUUCGCCAUCUACCCGGCGCCCCAGGUCUCCACGGCCGUGGUGGAGCCCUACAACUCCAUCCUGACCACGCACACGACCCUGGAGCACUCGGACUGCGCCUUCAUGGUGGACAACGAGGCCAUCUACGACAUCUGCCGGCGCAACCUGGACAUCGAGCGGCCCACGUACACCAACCUCAACCGGCUCAUCGGGCAGAUCGUGUCCUCCAUCACGGCCUCCCUGCGCUUCGACGGCGCCCUCAACGUGGACCUGACCGAGUUCCAGACCAACCUGGUACCCUACCCCCGCAUCCACUUCCCCCUGGCCACGUACGCCCCGGUCAUCUCGGCCGAGAAGGCCUACCACGAGCAGCUGUCCGUGGCCGAGAUCACCAACGCCUGCUUCGAGCCGGCCAACCAGAUGGUCAAGUGUGACCCUCGCCACGGCAAGUACAUGGCCUGCUGCAUGCUGUACCGGGGGGACGUGGUCCCCAAAGACGUCAACGCGGCCAUCGCCACCAUCAAGACCAAGCGCACCAUCCAGUUUGUGGACUGGUGCCCGACCGGGUUCAAGGUGGGCAUCAACUACCAGCCCCCCACGGUGGUCCCGGGGGGAGACCUGGCCAAGGUGCAGCGGGCCGUGUGCAUGCUGAGCAACACCACGGCCAUCGCCGAGGCCUGGGCCCGCCUGGACCACAAGUUCGACCUCAUGUACGCCAAGCGCGCCUUCGUGCACUGGUACGUGGGGGAGGGCAUGGAGGAGGGCGAGUUCUCGGAGGCCCGGGAAGACCUGGCGGCGCUGGAGAAGGAUUACGAGGAGGUGGGCGUGGACUCGGUGGAGGCGGAGGCCGAGGAAGGGGAGGAGUACUGAAGGGGGCGCGGCCGGAGCCCCGCAUCCUGUCCCCCGACAGCCCCGUGACAGACGUGUUUCCCUAUUAAAGUUUGUGUUGAGCAUCA